CGCACGCAAACGCGCACGUUUGACGUCUCAUCUGAAACUCAUCUCAUGCCUGCAACAAAACUAAAGCACCAUCUCAGGAACAUGUGAUUUAUUGCAACAUGUCAAGAUAGCAGGAUCUCGCGGACUCUGUCGGUGGGCAGCGCGAGGCGUGUCUGCGGCGCGUGGAGCGCGUUUCUCCUCACUCACUCUCUCACACACACACACCACUCCCAUUGCUGACCUGCAGAAACACUUCGUCCUCUUCCACACAGCUUCAUUUCUAACACGCGCAGCUCGUUUCUCUCAUCGGAGUCCCGGGGAGGAAUAAUUCAUCGGAAGGCGACUUGGGAAAAUGUUUGGAUGUAGUGGAGCCGAGGCGAGGACUUCCAGUGGUUGCAUGGAUUAGAUGGUGUGCAUACUGAACGACUUUGAGCAAUUUGUGAAGAACAAGUAUGUUUCCGUGGGUUUGCAGCGCACUGAACGCCGUUUCCACUGUUCAAUGUGAUGUGGAUACUUGUCAAGGACAUCGUGCGUAAUAAAUGCAUGCAUCAGACGGCGAUGCAUCAGAGCUCGACAGAAGCCCAAGAAAACACUCUCGUCGCGCGCGCGCGCGUGUGUGAUCGAGCCCGGUGGAUUCGCGUGUGCUAAAGCGAUGAUCUUCAGCUGUCAACUCGUCGGAGAGUUCGUGCACGCGCUCGGGGGGCUAUAGGAUCCUUCGGACCCGAAAUCUGGAGAGCAAAGUUAGGUUGGAUAAAAGAACAAAAUCAAACAAGAAAGAUUGGUGUAUCAGAGCCGACGUCUCGAUGGCUGCUGUAACUCAGUGACUUGGUGUCAGCGCACCCUGAAGAGAGGAGAAAAUGGACGGGCAGAAAGACUUCAGAAUGCUGGGUCAACUUCUCAGAAGGAUUGCACCCAUGGAGCGGCUGCUGCUGGUCCUGGCUCUGUUCUCCAUGCCGUCCCACGCCAUGCUGUGUCCCAAACGCUGCACCUGCCAGAACCUGCUGCCCUCCUACACCGUCCUGUGUGCCAAAACCGGCCUGCUCUUCGUCCCACCCAACAUCGACCGGCAGACCGCCGAGCUGCGACUGAUGGACAACUUCAUCACCACCCUGCGCCACCGAGACUUCGCUAACAUGAGCAGUCUUAUACACCUCACGCUCUCCCGAAACACCAUCAGCCAGAUCCAACCGUACGCCUUCGCCGACCUGCAGGAUCUGCACGCGCUACAUCUCGACGCAAACCGGCUGACGAUGCUGGACGACACACAUUUACAGGGGCUGGUGAAUCUACGGCACCUUAUCCUCGCAAACAACCAGCUUCACAGCAUCUCGAAUGGAGCCUUUCAAGACUUCCUAGAAACUCUUGAAGAUCUUGAUCUUUCUUAUAACAAUCUGGUGGAUUUGCCAUGGGAAACUCUAUCUAUGCUAUCCAGCGUUAACACUCUUAGUUUGGAUCACAAUCUCAUCGACUUCGUGCCUGAAGGGAUAUUUUCAAAUCUUCACAAGUUGGCUAGACUGGAUAUGACGUCCAACAAGCUGAAGAAGAUCCCGCCGGAUCCUCUCUUCCUACGCAUCCCGGUCUACGCGAAAACAAAAGGCUCGCCGCUAACCGCGCUAGUGCUCAGUUUCGGCGGCAACCCGUUGCAUUGUAAUUGCGAGCUGGUUUGGCUUCGACGCCUGACGCGGGAGGACGAUCUGGAGACGUGCGCGUCCCCGCGAGAGCUAGCGGGGAAAUACUUCUGGACGAUUCGCGAGGAGGAGUUUGUGUGCGAGCCGCCCAUGAUCACUCGGCACACGUCGAAGAUGUUCGUGAUGGAAGGUCAAGAGGUUAGUUUGAGAUGCCGCUCCGUCGGAGACCCUGAGCCGACCGUCCACUGGGUGAGUCCUGACGGGAAGCUAAUCGGUAACACCUCGCGCACCAUGUGCUACGAUAAUGGCUCUCUGGAUAUCUUGACGGCUACGGUGAAAGACUCCGGCGUGUUCACAUGCAUCGCGUCCAACGCUGCCGGAGAGGCUACGGCUCCGGUGGAAUUAGUCGUGAACCCUUCGCCACAUUACGACCCCAAACUGGAGCCUGAACCGGGACCCUCGGACAUGCCGACGUCCAUAAAGUCCAACAGUAGUGGAAGUGGCGGCCAGUCUCGAGCUGAUCAGCGGGUCAGUGUCUCAGAAAUAACCUCAAGCUCAGUGAUGAUCCGCUGGCCUCCUCAAAACCACAUCCCUGGAGUUCGCAUGUACCAGAUCCAGUACAACAGCUCCACCGACGACAUCCUCAUAUACAGUGUUGUGGACAAGAAACCGUCUCUAAGAACGUGCGUGAGGAAGGCGGAUCUAGCGUCUAACUUAUGGACACAAGAACAACAAUCAUCACUUGUCGUGUUUUACGACGUGUGUGAUGUCAUAGAAAUGGCGCAGCGUUUGUCCCUGUGUUCUGGUUCCUGCAGGAUUGCACCCAUGGAGCGGCUGCUGCUGGUCCUGGCUCUGUUCUCCAUGCCGUCCCACGCCAUGCUGUGUCCCAAACGCUGCACCUGCCAGAACCUGCUGCCCUCCUACACCGUCCUGUGUGCCAAAACCGGCCUGCUCUUCGUCCCACCCAACAUCGACCGGCAGACCGCCGAGCUGCGACUGAUGGACAACUUCAUCACCACCCUGCGCCACCGAGACUUCGCUAACAUGAGCAGUCUUAUACACCUCACGCUCUCCCGAAACACCAUCAGCCAGAUCCAACCGUACGCCUUCGCCGACCUGCAGGAUCUGCACGCGCUACAUCUCGACGCAAACCGGCUGACGAUGCUGGACGACACACAUUUACAGGGGCUGGUGAAUCUACGGCACCUUAUCCUCGCAAACAACCAGCUUCACAGCAUCUCGAAUGGAGCCUUUCAAGACUUUCUAGAAACUCUUGAAGAUCUUGAUCUUUCUUAUAACAAUCUGGUGGAUUUGCCAUGGGAAACUCUAUCUAUGCUAUCCAGCGUUAACACUCUUAGUUUGGAUCACAAUCUCAUCGACUUCGUGCCUGAAGGGAUAUUUUCAAAUCUUCACAAGUUGGCUAGACUGGAUAUGACGUCCAACAAGCUGAAGAAGAUCCCGCCGGAUCCUCUCUUCCUACGCAUCCCGGUCUACGCGAAAACAAAAGGCUCGCCGCUAACCGCGCUAGUGCUCAGUUUCGGCGGCAACCCGUUGCAUUGUAAUUGCGAGCUGGUUUGGCUUCGACGCCUGACGCGGGAGGACGAUCUGGAGACGUGCGCGUCCCCGCGAGAGCUAGCGGGGAAAUACUUCUGGACGAUUCGCGAGGAGGAGUUUGUGUGCGAGCCGCCCAUGAUCACUCGGCACACGUCGAAGAUGUUCGUGAUGGAAGGUCAAGAGGUUAGUUUGAGAUGCCGCUCCGUCGGAGACCCUGAGCCGACCGUCCACUGGGUGAGUCCUGACGGGAAGCUAAUCGGUAACACCUCGCGCACCAUGUGCUACGAUAAUGGCUCUCUGGAUAUCUUGACGGCUACGGUGAAAGACUCCGGCGUGUUCACAUGCAUCGCGUCCAACGCUGCCGGAGAGGCUACGGCUCCGGUGGAAUUAGUCGUGAACCCUUCGCCACAUUACGACCCCAAACUGGAGCCUGAACCGGGACCCUCGGACAUGCCGACGUCCAUAAAGUCCAACAGUAGUGGAAGUGGCGGCCAGUCUCGAGCUGAUCAGCGGGUCAGUGUCUCAGAAAUAACCUCAAGCUCAGUGAUGAUCCGCUGGCCUCCUCAAAACCACAUCCCUGGAGUUCGCAUGUACCAGAUCCAGUACAACAGCUCCACCGACGACAUCCUCAUAUACAGGAUGAUCCCCGCCUCUCAUAAGUUGUUCACCCUGAGUGAUCUGGCCUCGUCGCGGGACUACGAGCUCUGUGUCCUGGCGGUCUACGACGACGGCAUCACGUCUCUCACCGGCACGCGAUUGGUCGGUUGCGUGUCCUUCGCCACUGAGCGCGAGUUUCGCCACUGCCGCUCCAUCCACGACCAGUUCCUCGGCGGCACCAUGAUCAUCGUCAUCGGCGGGAUCAUCGUGGCCUCGGUCCUCGUCUUCAUCUUCAUCCUGCUGAUGAAGUACAAACUGCACAGUCAGCAUUACAAGCAGAAGGCGGCCCGCGUCAGUAACGUUUGUUCUCAGACCAACGGAGGCCAGCAGGGGGCGUCAUCGGGCCCUCCUCCCAGAUCCUCGUCCUCCUCGGGAUCCGCCAACAAGCCCUCGGUCCCGCUCGGGUCGGACCGACAAGACGGGCCACACGGCCUAGACGGGGGUUACGGGGCGCUGAAAGGAACCACGGUUGUGGACUUGAACCCGGAAUACGGGAAAUCCGUAAAAGAUGACGACUCCAUAUCGCAAUAACACAGGGUUCAAUCCCGCCACCAUUCCCAUUCUCUUCACACCUCAACCCAUACAGUUUUGUUUUCUGUUGCCACGUCUUACUGAGGAUUUCUCCUGUCCAAGGCAAACUCACAGUCUGGAAGCUAAACGCAGGACGCCAGAUUAAAUGGGAUCGGAUCCAAUCUAUCAGCUGCGGUCGGAAGGCAAACACAACCGGUUCUCCGUGUUCAAUACUUUAUGCAAGACUCUCCAGACCGUGGAUAUUAUUACGUGCCUCUUUGGUGCAUAUGUUUCAUUUCAAACCAGAGGUUAAUGCCACGAGAGAGAAGAAUCAUCACAUCAUUUUAUGGGAAGAGACAACGAAACUCGUUGGGAAUACGUUGCGGUUGUUUUUUUUGUUUUUUUUUUGUGAAGAUGUGGGAAAUGUUAUGACAGAAUAUCAGUGUUAAAUAGCCAAGCUCCGAUCUCUGCGAUGGUCCAGUGCCAGAGGAUCGCAUCGUGUGGAUUUAAUGUUCCCCCGGAUCCAGACUUAUCAAAGUUCGAUGAAAUAUUGAUGAGUCGGUAUCAAGUUAACAUUUGUGGACCGUCUGGAGCACUUUAUUAUGGAUUCCCUCUGUAUUGUCUAAGCUAAUGACUCUCGCUCUCUCUCUCUCUCCGGCUCUCUUUAUUGGGAAACUGAACACUUGGAUCGAUAUCCAGCUGAUUAACAAACAUGGCGAGUGUGUUCUUGGGAUCUGGAGAUUAGGUCAAACAGGAGAGGAACAUUGAUUAUCACAAUGCACUAAAACUUUCUGAAUCUGCCAUAUCAACGAGGAUUGACGGUAAGGCACUUUUGAGAACUCAAUAUGUGACGACAGACGACGUGAAAGCAGCGCUAAACACACUGAAAUGAACACUGUUCUUGUUUCCCUCCAAUUGACCGUGGACGUAUUUGUAUGUGAAGUACACCUUCAGCCAUCUCUGAUUUUAAUCAUUUGAUUUCAAGGAGAAAAUAAUAAUAAUAAUCAAAAAAAAUAAAAAAUUAAAAAACAUGGGAUGGAAUUUUAUGCUUUCAUAGGUACUCUAUGUGGAUUUAUAAAGAAAUAAAGUAUUUUUCUUCAAGG